AUGUUAUCCACCAGGUUUGAGCAGAUACGGGAGGUUGAUGACCUCCAAAAAGCGAUUAAGCACUGCCAAGAGGCGAUUACUGCUACCCCUCAAGAUCAUCCGCGUCGAAGAGACAUGCAUAGGAAUUUGCAAAGAAUGUUUUUUGCGAGGUUUGAGCAGAGAGGGGAGCUUGAUGACCUCCAAAAAGCAAUUAUCCAUACUCAAGAGGCACUGGCUACUAUGCCGAAAGAUCACCCUGAUAAAGCAGCCCACCACACAAAUUUGGGAGGCAUGUUACUCACGAGGUUUGAGAGGAUAGGGGAGCCGGAAGACCCCCAAACCGCGAUUAUGCAUAGCGAAGAGGCUCUGGCGCGUGCACCGAAAGAUCACCGCGAUAGAGCGGUUAGAAAUGGUAACCUGGCGGGCAAGUUGUCCUCCAGGUAUGACCGGAUAGGGGACCUUGAUGGCCUCCAAAAAGCAAUUAUGCAUAGCGAAGAGGCACUGGCUACUAUACCGAAUGAUCACCCCGAUAAAGCAGCCCACCAGGCGAAUUUGGGAACCGUAUUAUGCACGAGGUUCAACCGGAUAGGGGAGCUUGAAGACCUCCGGAAAGCAAUCAUUCAUUGCGAAGAGGCACUUACCUCUACACCUCAAGAUCACCCUAAGAGAGCAGCCCACCACGCGAAUUUGGGAACCGUAUUAUCCACAAGGUUUGCGCAGAUAGGGGAUCUUGAAGACCUCCAAAGAGUCAUUAUGCAUAGCGAAGAGGCACUUGGUGUUACACCGAAAGAUCGCCCCGAUAGAGCAAGUAGACACAGUAACUUGGCGGGCAAGUUGUCCUCGAGGUUUAACCGGACAGGGGAGCUUGAUGACCUCCAGAAUGCAAUUAUGCAUACCGAAGAGGCAUUUGCCACUACACCGAAAGAUCACCCCAGUAGAGCAGACCGCCUCAGUGCUGUGGGAGCCCUGUUGCUCCGGAGGUUUGAGCGAAUAGGGGAGUUUGAUGACCUCGAGAACGCGAUCUUGCAUACCGAAGUGGCACUUAUGGCUACACCUCAGGAUUGCCCCAGUAAAGCAACCCUCCGCGCUAACUUGGGAAGCAUGUUACUGGUGAGGUUUGAGGGGAUAGGCGAUCCCGAGGACCUUCACGAAGCCAUUAAGCACGGCGAAGAUGCACUAGGUGCGACACCCCAAGAUCACCCCCGAGCCGCCACGAUCCACCAGAACCUGGGAGCCAAGUUCUGUAUGAAUUUUAAACGGACAAGAGAUCUUGGUGACCUCCAAAAAGGCAUUGAGCACUGUGACUAUGCAUUAGCAGCUACCCCUAAAGACCAUCCCUCAAGAGCCACUAUACAUUACAGCUUCGGAAACUAAUUGUUUGAGAGGUUUGAGGGUCUUGGAGAACCCGAUGACCUUCGAAAAGCCAUUAGUCAUAGCGAACAUGCACUAGCUCCCACCCCCUCAGACCCUCCUAGCAGAGCUAGGCUUUGCGAUGCCCUGGCUGGACACUUGUGGUCACGGUCCCGGCUCAUGGACUCCAUAGGGGAUUUAAACGAAAGUCUCCGCCUACAUCACGAGGCUUCACAUUCCCCAAUCUCCCCCCCACGCGAGCGGAUCAGGGCGGCUCAUAUCCAAGCUUCCAUACUAUAUCUAAACAGGAGAUUGCAAGAAUCAAGUUCUACAUUCAGGGAUGCUGUCAACUUGAUGCCCAGUGUCAAUCUUGUCGUAAAUCACCGGCACUCCAAUUAAUCACCAGACCAACCUCACACCUCGGCAAAGUUAAGAGAAUCACCGGAACCUUGUCCGGAGGCACUAGAAUCUUCGCUCUUUCAUUUGUCAUGUUUAUACUUGGAUUUAUAAGAGAGGUGGAAUGUUCUGGGGCAUGUUAUGGAUAAAUGUAGAGAAAGGGACGAUUGGAAGUAAAGUCAAGUCAUGGGGCACAUGGUAGAAGAGGAAUCGUUGAUUGGAGGAACCACUGGUUAAAUGCGAUGAUGGGAGAAACUGAGAGAAGAAAAAAGAAUGGGAAAGCGGGGUAUGGCUGAUCACACGAUAUGAAGUGAUGGGAACCAGGGGAGGUUGAGGUGAGAAAUGAAGGAAGUUCCUGGAUGUAUAUAAGGGCGCAGACUUCUCUAUGAAGAGAAAGUAAGGCAGGACAAUCGAGAUCGCAAUACCGAACGGACAAACAGCUUCCAAGUGCGCAGAAAGAUUCAACUCGGUCAUAUUUUAUAAAAAAUCUACGAUUCUUGAAGCGGGACGACCAACAGUACACACUUUUAGAACUUUUCGGGGUAGCACCAAGCGCUGCUUCUACGUCACUUCGGGCUGGGAGAGCGGCAUAUGACAGCCUUAAGCUAUUGGAGCUUGGCCGCGGGAUAAUUACGGGCUUUACAAUCGACUCAAGGUCCGAAGUUUUUGAUCUAGAAACUGAUCAUCUGCAUGAGUACGCCCAAUCUCAUCGCCUCCGAGCUGAGAUUGAAUUGCCACCGGAGGUGACCAACUCCGUAGGAGGGGAAACAUGGGAUCGUGCUGUAUAUAGACGCUGGGAGGCUGUCAAUGAGAUGGAAAUGAUUCUAAAUCGCAUCCGGACGUUUCCUGCCUACGGAGGGUUCCUACUUCCACCCCCCCCUCAGUCUCUGAUGAACAUGGCAAACAAUGGCCCUAUUAUUGUCUUCAACUGCACCCUUUAUGGGAGCGACGCCAUCAUUGUCACUAGCGUAGCUAUAACCUCGUUGGAACUUCCAAAAUUGACAUAUAGUGAAACACGCCACUGGAUGACGCAAUUGGCUAGUUUCGGGGGAGGGGGUUUGAUUAAACAAGGUCAGGACAAUAGGAAAAUGAAAGACCUCGUAAUUUGGCUAUGAAAUGCGGGUGUUGGACCAGUUUUUGACGACCUUGAGCACAGCGCGACCAUUACGGGUAAGGGCGUUUCUAACACUACUUUGAAGCGGAUUUGGUGGAUUGGGGUAGGCCAAUUGAGCAUGGCACCUUUUCCUGCGGCCAGGGACCAUUCGCGAGGGUCAACCCGUAAUACUUUAAGCCGAGCGAUGUCCACCUAUACCCCUACAAUCAAAGCCGUAAGCUACCCGCGUCAGACACAACUCCACUUAUUUGAUGAACCUAGUGCCUUCUUCUCCGGGGAUCGCUCUAAGAAAUCCAGAAUUCUCACCCAACGGAAUCCAUCCUUACUUCCUAUUCUCAUGCCGAAAACACCGGGCCAGCUGCCUCUACCGGGUGUCAACAGAGAAGUUCAAUAUAUAUCUGAUUCAGCUGCCAAAAGUUCAGUUAAGGCCAAAGUACUGAACCGCCCAACCCCAGCCAAAGUCCUCCAUCAGGCCCAGAGCCAUGAAAUUGUCCAUUUCGCCUGUCACGGAAUGUGGGACAUCAACCCUUCCGACAGCCACCUGAUUCUAUUUGCUCCAGAGGGAGAUGCCGCGGAUAAACUGAUGGCUCAAGAUAUAUCCACUAUGGCUGCACAGAACGCACAGAUCGCCUAUCUCUCGGCCUGCUCCGCCGCUAAAAACCCUUCUGCUAAAUUAGCGGACGGGGUCAUACAUCUCGCUAGCGCAUUCCAGCUUGCGGGAUUCAGCCAUACACUUGCAAACUGGUGGGAAACAGAUGACCAGGCUUCUAGUGAAGUGGCAAGAGACUUCUAC